AUGAAGAUUAACUCCACGGCUCGAUAUGUGAGCUUGGCGUUACAAGCUCUCAACGAAGAUAUUCUGCCAGAAAUCAGUUCUCAGAAGGCUAAGGAGAGCCUCAGUCUUGUGCGCAUGGCUUUGACUGAAGUGCUCAAACGAGAAGGGCCUGCCAUUGACCAGCUUAUCGAGACAAUCAACACCGGAAGACAACUCUACUCGCAAAUUGCAGAGGCGCUGGGUGACGUUGAACCCCCUGGAGAUUCUGGCCCCAUUGACUAUGCUGCUGGCUUUGAUCCUCUUGCCGAGAUCUAUGCCCGAUUGUCGCAAGAUCUAGACCUACUGCUGGCCCGGCUUUCUCCAAGGACUGAUCCCCAAGUCGAGUCGCUAAUGAGGACGGCCGCAGAGUGGGAGGUGGACUACAUGUUAGCAACACAAAAUUCAGAGGUUGAGCCAGUCAACAAAUUCAAUUGCGGUGAUCAAAAAUCCUCGAAAGAGAAUCAGCCGCAGAAGUUGAACAAAGAGUAUCUACAGGCUUUUCUCGCGAUCGGCGGCAAGAGGGUGUGA